AUGUUUGGCACGCAGACUCGUUGCAUUUGUGUGGGUUUAGUGCUGUAUAGAAGUAACCAGUUUUUUUUGUUUAUUUUAAAACGUGCUAUUAUUUAGUAUCAGCUGCUCUAACAAAAGGUUUUGUUGUUCAGAAGCGAAGUAUGGCAGGUAAAGGCAGAGGUGUAGCAGCUUUUACAUUCAACUUAGAGGCAUUGGGUAUCACCAGAGGAUCCAUGCCUGAGACUCAGCGUGGUCCACAACCUUUGUUUCCUCAGAUGGAGUUUAAACCUGUGCCUCUAAAGGCUGGUGAGGAUGAAGACUACAUGUUAGCUUUGAAACAAGAGAUUAGGGGCAGAAUGAAAGGUCUACCUUUCAAUAUAAAGCCCUGCGCAGGCAGGAGUGAUGUGGAACGGUAUAAAGAAAAAUAUGUAAAGGAAUGCCAGAAAAUUGAGGAUGAAGAAUGGACACCAGACUGGAACCGUCUUCCGAAUGAGUUAAUGCCCCAGAAGAAGAAAAUAAGAAAGAAAACUGAUCCUAAAAAACCCAGCAAGCGUUCGAACAAAGAUCAGGAGGCUUUGCUGUCUAAACUAGAUGAGCUUGAGAAGAAGGGUGAUAAAUCGGAUGAUGAAAAGGAAGGGAAAAAAGGUGAAGAUGAUGAGGAAGAAGUUGAAGGGGAAGAAUAUGAUGAAGAGCUUGAAGAGGAGAAUGACUACAUAGAGAACCACUUUGAAGAUGGUGACGAUUAUGGAGCAGGCAGCGAUGACAAUAUGGAUGAAGCCACGUAUUAAUUUGGCUUACAGAGGAUUUUGGCAUUCAGAAGUGUAAAUAUGAUUGGUGAAAAACAUCCUAUAUAUGUGAGCUUCAUUAAUUAAACACAUUAAAAGUGCAAAAAGA